CUAUAUUUAACUCGCUGAUCAGCGUUUUGGGCAGCUUGUCAACCUCAUGACUUUUGAGGAGGGGCACGCAAAGGCUACCCUGGGCUUAAGGAGGGAGAACAGCCCGGGGGUGGGGUGGGGGGUCGCUCUGCCAUUUGCCUUCCACCGCUGAAUUCUUCCUUUUCCCUCUAGAAACAACGUGCCACCAUGCCGGCCGUUCCAAACCGGGCCAGGGCCCGGGAGAGGAACAAUGUCUUGAACCGAGCUGAGUUUCUCUCCCUCAACCAGCCCUUGAAAAGUGCCCAGGAAUCUCGGAGUUUCAGGAGGGCGAACAGCCAAGGGGGCCCUGCCCCGGUCCAGAGCGAGGGGGCCAAGGAGCCGCGCCAGCCUCAGCAGCUGCCCGAAGAAGACUGUAUGCAGCUGAACCCCACUUUCAAAGGCAUCGCCUACAACUCCUUGCUGGCCAUUGACAUCUCCCUCUCCAAACGGCUCGGGGUGUGUGCCAGCAAUGCCGCGGCGUGGGGCAAUGCCCGCUCCAUGAUCAACCUCAUUGGCAUCACCGGGCAUGGCAUUCCCUGGAUCGGGGGCACGCUCAUCUGCUUGGUCAAAAGCAGCACCCUAGCUGGCCAAGAAGUCCUCCUGAACUUGCUUUUGGCCCUGCUCUUAGACAUUAUCAUUGUAGCUGGCUUACAGAAAGUGGCAAAACGGAAAAGUCCUUAUGAUGUCAGUCCAGGUGUUUUGGACUACCUGACCAUGGAUGUCUAUGCCUUUCCUGCGGGUCACGCUAGCCGAGCUGCUAUGGUUUCCAAGUUCUUCCUCAACCACCUGGUUCUGGCAGUCCCGCUUCGAAUCCUACUGGUCCUUUGGGCCUUCUUAGUAGGACUCUCCCGAAUCAUGGUGGGACGCCACCACGUCACCGACGUCCUUUCUGGCUUUGCCUUUGGUUACAUCCAGUUCCGGUUGGUGGAAAUUCUGUGGAUGUCUUCUAACACGUGUCAGAUGCUGAUUUCUAUGUGGUGAGGAGGAGUGACGCCCUCAGCUUUCUUUCAUUUUCUGUUUUAAGACACAGACAAGGCGAGAGACUUCUCAGAAAGGGAGGUGUUUGGCAAAGGAACCAUGGAGUAUCUUCUUCCAAGAAGCUGAACCUCAUGAGGCUGAAGAGACAGUUGGGUCUAAUUGGGAAUAUCUUCUGGGAAACAUUGAGACUGGCUGAUGUAUUUGGCUGUUUUUUCCAUGGCUCCCAACCAGAAAGCAAAUUCAAUGAACAAGGACAACAUUGCAUUCUCCUGCUAACUGGCUGUUGAGACAAUGCACUCUGAAAUCUCACAGCUCUUGCCUUUUAAUAUGGAGACGGUUGUAGCAUGUCUGGUCAUGGAGGUUGAGGAAUAUAGGAUGAGAUUCCUUCCUCAAGUUGAGGUGUCUGCCAGUUGUGUGGAGACUAUCAUUCUUGGAAACCCCACUUCUAUGCCUACUUUCCCCAACCUGGGCAUCAUCCAGAUGUGUGAACUUCAGUUUCCAGAAUUCCCUAGUCAGUAUGGUCACUGCUAAGAAUUGUGGGAGGGGAAGGGCAUCCUCAACAUGUAUGGACUUCAGCUCCCAGAAUUCCUCACCAGCAUCUGGUCCUCAUUGAGAAUUCUGGGAGCUCAAGGGCACCGUCCAGAAAGGUGGAUUUCAACUCCCAGGUUGGGAAUUCUAGAAGCUGAAGUUCAUGCAUUUGGAGGGUGCCCCAUGGGGAAAGACUCACACCAUGCCUUAUAAAUUCCUGAUAAUAACACAAGAGUGUUGUGGCAUCUCUUACACAUUUUUCCUUAUUUUAGUGCUCAUUUCUUAACCCAGCAAAAUUCUGCUUGGCAGAUGGGAAGGAAGCAGUGAGAGAGUCAGUGGGUAGGGUGGUGGACUAGGGUGGAAAAAGUACUCCAGUUCAAAUCAUCAUUAGCUGCAAAAUUCACAAGUCAGUAGCCAAGUUCACACACAGGAUGCCCCGAUGUAAACCUUCAUUUACAAAAUAGUGGCUGAAUUCACAUAUCGUGCAGAACAAUAAUCAAACAAUGAAUCUAUGGCUUAGAGAGAUGUAUAAGGGCAGGAAAAAGUUGAGCUCCAACAUUAUGCUUAAGUGGGGUUUGUUGUACCAUCAGUGGUCAAGUUCACAAAAGAUGCUAAGCCAUAAACUAGGAACAACAAUGGCUGAAUUUGUCAAACCAAGCCAACCGCUUGUGGGGCGUGAAGGGUGAAUCCAGACAUUGUAAACCCUACUUUAUAACCAAAUGAUGUGUCAAACAAGUAAACUGUGGUUUAUGUGCUAAUCAUGCUUAAAGAAACCCUGACUUAGGAUUCAUUUAAGCAACCCUGUUGCAUUUUUAAAUCAUGGUUCAUGCAGGGUGGCGUUUAUGCAAACGAGGCCCCUAUGGCUUGCUUAUUCAAACUGUGGUUAGGUGAACCAUAGCUUAAUGUUAUAGGUGAAGUCAACCAAUAUCACCAACUUCACAGAGGCAUUGUGAGGCUAAAAUGGGGGUGAAUGAAGCAUUGUCAACUUCUUUUGAGGGAGAGCCAGGUAGAAUAAUGAAAUAACAAGUUAGGGUUAAAUAUGGCUGUUUCCCCUGUCCAUUACAUUGGGUGAUCUAGAAGGCAUCAGGUGGAUGUUGUAGUGAUCUUUACAGUCUUUAUCAUUUGAUAAAGCUGGAUUUUAACUUGUAAUAAAGGGUCUGACAAGUUUG